AUGCCCGUCACAACCCGAUCGGCCAGCCGUCGCAUGGCAGCGGCACAAGCCAUCGCCGCUGCCGCCGCUGCCGCCGCCGCCGCCACCAAACCCUGCCAGCCCCGCAUCAAAUACCGGCGCGUCAACGGAAAGCCUGGGAUCCUCAUCAGCCCGCCGGAGGGCGUCAAGCCGAGACGUCGGGUGGUGCUGACGACGGGUGCCAGAGGCCAGAAGCUCACGAGGAUCCGCGGCCCCGGCGACCGCUUGUUGGUCCGCGUCCCUGGAAAGUCGCCAGCCGCGAACACGCCAGAGCGCCGCCUGAGCACGUUCGUCAGGGGUGGUCGGGUUUGGAUUCGCAUCCGGCCCGCUGUUCAACAAGCCCGUGGUGCGGCCGCCAGCUCGCAAGGGCAGAGGAAAUAG